AUGGCCCAUCCACCGCAUGGGGCCUCUGCUCUGAUGUUCCCCUGUCUCGAUGACUCCCUUCCCAGCUGUGAACUUAUAAUCUAUGACGUUAAAAUUGAUCAGCAAAUCAUAACUUUUGCAUACUUCUUGGACUCCUUUGUCAAUGUGCUUUGCAUGAGCAGAUUGGAUUUCUGUGAUUCCAAUGUAAUCCAUCACUUUUUCUGUGACAUAUCCCCAAUCUUAGCCUUGUCCUGCACUGACACCCAAAUAACAGAAAUAGUCAUAUUCAUUUUAGGUGGAUCCACACUAGUGGUGUCUCUUACCACGAUAGUAGUGUCUUAUGUGUCUAUCCUGUCUACUAUCCUGAAAAUUACUUCCACGUCAGGAAAGCAAAAAGCCUUCUCUACCUGUGCCUCCCACCUCCUGGGUGUCACCAUCUUUUAUGGCACUAUGAUAUUUACUUAUUUAAAGCCAAGUAAGUCCUACUCCUUGGGAAGGGAUCAAGUGGCUUCUGUUUUUUAUACUAUUGUCAUCCCCAUGCUGAAUCCACUCAUUUACAGUCUUAGAAACAAAGAAGUAAAAAAUGCUUUCAUUAGAGUCAUGCAGAAAACAGUGGGCUCCAGGCAAUUGAAAUGA